AGUUUUAGCAAGUUGGGUCGUUUUCAAGCAAAUAAGCUAGAAAACUUUCUAGCGACUUCCGCUUCCACUGAAACGACAACGCGCCUUCGAGGUUUUGCACAAAAUUAAAAGAAGGCGGCGCGAACCCGUUUUUAGAACCGCGACGACAACCGCCUCGCCGCAAAGAAACGGGGCGCAUCCGUGAGGAGGGCGAAACGUGGGCGUCUCAACAUUGGGCGCGCGCGCGUGUCCCCCAUUCUGAGCACCACUGCGGCUGCGACAUCUGAAUCUUGUUCCCUUUUUUUGUUGCUAACAGCAUUUGUGAACAUGAUCUCCUACCCCGCCGUCAAGCACCUAUGCUACGUCCUGUUUUUCUUCGCUUCUGUUGCACACUGCCAAGUAAAGACUAAAGAAACUUUCAACAAAGGCCCUGAGAAACUGCUCAGUAAUCCAUGCAGUGGAAGGGAAACAUGCUCUGAUUGCAUCACAUUUGACUCCGACUGUGGUUGGUGCACAAAAGAGGGUUAUACAAGUGAUGGGAAGCCUAGGUGUGACACCCUCAUCAACUUGGCUCAGUAUUGCCCCAAUGACUACUUUCAUCCCAAGAACACUAUGACAAAACUUGUGGACAAUGAGCUGAGCAACAAGGGGGCAAGAGAAGGUGAAGCCAUUCAAAUCAAACCACAGGAAAUUAGGCUCAGGUUAAAACCAAAAUCUCCGUUCCCACUGCAUGUGGAGUUCAAGCAGGCAGAGGAUUAUCCUGUUGACCUUUACUACCUCAUGGACCUGUCCAACUCUAUGAAGGAUGACAAGGAAAAACUAGCGCUACUGGGCGACCUGCUGGCCGAAGAGAUGGGCAGGAUAACUACAAACUUCCGUCUUGGCUUUGGCUCAUUUGUCGACAAAGUGGUCAUGCCCUACGUGAACACAGUUCCUGAAAAACUGCAGAUGCCUUGUGACGGAUGUGUUGCUCCCUAUGGCUUCAAGAACCACAUGCCACUGGACAUCAAGACUGGCCUCUUCAAGACGCAGGUGGCCGAAGCCAAGGUCUCUGGGAAUCUCGAUGCUCCUGAAGGCGGGUUCGAUGCCAUAAUGCAAGCCGUCGUCUGCCAUAGGGAAAUUGGCUGGAGGGAAAAAGCUCGCAGGCUUCUUCUCUUCUCCACAGACAGCGGCUUCCAUUACGCGGGUGACGGCAAGCUCGGGGGCAUCGUGAAGCCCAACGAUGGUCAGUGCCACCUGGAGAAGGGCGAGUACACCCAAAGUGUGCACCAGGAUUACCCAUCGCUCAGCCAGAUCAAUGCCAAGAUACAGGAGCACAAGGUGAACAUCAUUUUCGCUGUCACGGCUGACCAGAUCAGCGUCUACGAGAAACUGGGCAACCAGCUGGAGGGAUGCAGCAGCGGCCGCCUGGAGAACGACUCCUCCAACGUGGUCCAACUGGUGCGCGAGCAGUACGAUAAAAUCUCCUCCAAAGUGGAAAUCAAAGACAAUGUCACUAGCAGCCAUAUCCAGAUCAGCUACAUGUCCAGCUGUCUCGGAGACAAGAAGGAAAAGACCAACGUAUGCAAAGGUCUCAAAGUGGGCGACAAUGUGACUUUCGAGGCAACGAUUGAAGUCAAGUCGUGCCCAAAGGACCGCAGCCAAUGGAACCAAACGAUACAGAUCUACCCUGUUGGAAUUAGCGAGUUGCUGGUCGUGCACUUGGAGAUGAUCUGCGAGUGUGACUGUGAGAAGCCUUGGAACGAGGAACCAAACAGUCCCAAGUGCUCGGAUGGAAAGGGCACCUUUGAGUGUGGCAUCUGCAACUGCUACAACAACCGUUAUGGCCGGGAGUGUGAAUGUGAUGCCAAGGACACAGAUCAAAUCAGGGAUGAGAAAGGUUGCUUCUUCCCUAAUGACACCAAACCGUGUUCUGGAAGGGGAGAUUGCCGAUGUGGUGUUUGCGAGUGCCAUCCAAGAGAGAACCGAGACGAGACUGUGAGUGGAAAGUACUGUGAGUGUGACAACUUUUCAUGCGACCGAGUCGACGGAUUGCUUUGCGGAGGUGAAGAACAGGGAAGCUGCAUCUGUGGAAGUUGUGAGUGUCGGGACGGCUGGACUGGUCCUAACUGUAACUGCCGAGACACAAAUGACACCUGCAUUGGCCCCAAUGGGAAAAUCUGCAGCGGCUACGGAGAGUGCAUCUGCGGGCAAUGCAAGUGCCUUGAAUCGGACGAAGAGCGCUACAGCGGCGUCUACUGUGAAGAUUGUCCAACCUGCCCUGGAAAAUGUGAGGCGUUCAAGGACUGCGUGCUAUGCCAAGUCUUCCAACUGGGCCCCUACACCGAGGAAGAGUGCAAGACUAAGUGCGAGUUCCUGGCCAUUCAGGCUCCGCACAUAGAAGUCGUUGAAGAAGGUGAGAAGCUCUGCAUCUUCCGCGACGAAGAUGACUGCAAGUACACCUUCAUCUACAAGUUGGAACCAACUAACGAGUACACUGUACGAGCAAAGAACGAGCGUGAGUGCCCUGAACCAGUGAACAUCUGGGCCAUCAUCUUGGGUGUGAUUCUUGGCAUCGUCCUCAUCGGCCUGGCAUUGCUCCUCAUCUGGAAGCUGUUCACCACCAUCCACGACCGCAGGGAGUUUGCCAAGUUUGAGAAGGAACGGCAAAUGGCCAAAUGGGACACCGGAGAAAACCCAAUCUACAAGGGUGCCGUUUCAACGUUCAAGAACCCCACCUAUGGUGGGAAGCAGUAAGAGGCCAGCGCACUCUAGAAAAGUGUGACACAACCUCACUUCGUUGCCUGCGUCUCCAGGCAAAAAAUCACAACUAGUGGACACCUAUUUUUCUUUGCUGAACGUUCUGUCUUGCGGUUAAGGAGAUCAUCGUCAUUCUUGUAAUUUUGUCCUCGUCGUGUUGUGUUGGUUGUGUCAACCUCUCCUUUAAUUUAUGUUCAUGAAAUGUGUACUAGGAUGCUAGGUUCAAACCAUAUUUUACUGUGGGAGAGAGUCAGUGGAUGAUACUGUUGUUUUCCCAUCAUUAUGCCGUGACCCCAAGUUGCUGCUUAUAGGUAGUGCUUUGCAAGCCAUACUUGUGUAUCCAAUGUUGAAUCGUACAAUUUGUCCUGAGUCGUCGUAUUCAUAAGUAAUCACAGCUUUCCUCAUCAAAGAAGUAUAAUUAAUUGACGUGAAGUUUACGGUAUCUCUCCUCGGAGGUUGGCACAAUGUACUUGUUGACUCUAUGCUGUUGAAGGCAUUUCCUUUUUUGUACAGUUGGUGGUACCUGCUUGGGAAAACUAAAGCUGGCAGAGUUACACAAGAGUGUGCGGAUGAUCAUUGACUUUCUGAUGCAAAGCCAGACAAAGUAUGGUCGGCACUGUAGAGGCAGGAAAGGCUGUUGGCAUGUGGCCUCUUGUUGCUUGUUUUGCAGGUGCCAUGUGACAUUUAAAGUCAACUCUGCCUUUGCGGGCUCACAAUAUAAUUAUAGUUCUUUUUCUGGCACAACUUGUUGCCAUAUUAAUCAAUGACGUCUGUAGAAGUCUUAUCAUUUAUCUAGGCAACGUGUCCUGCUAAAGAGCAUUUGCCUGAAGGAAAAAGAAGCCUGGCUUCUCUCUCUCUCUCUAUCUCUUCGGUCCAUUAGGAUGUCACUGUGGCACACACAUGCUGUCAUGUCCUGUUUUGCGUCACAUGAUGCGAGUGGCACAUUGUUGUCAUGUGCCACUCUGAUCCAGGAUACAAAACAAUGCAAUUGAACAGCAAUCUAAUCCUUAAGAAAUAUGGACGCAUAACUUACGUUUUCAUUUUCAUUUUUUCUUUGGCCAGCAGAUGUUGCUUCAGGUGCUCGCUUAUCAAUAGUUUUGUCUUACAACGGUCGCAGGAAUGCUCAUUUCUCAUUGUGUCAUGUUCAGCUAUAGUAGUGCUUUAAUCACUGAGUGGCCUUAAAUGAGUAUGCCCUUUACACUUUUGCUGCCGAUGCUGCUUGCAAGUACAAACUGAUGUUAUACACAAGUUUAAAACUGCUUUUAGUCUUUCCGUCAAACUCAUUUGUGUUAACCUUUCCUGUCUUUUGAGUGACCUUAAGAAAGCUCUAGCUUGCUAUGUAACACAUUUGUUGCAAUAUACUUAUAGUUUGCGUGUGAACAAGUUUAAUGUAUAGUCACAUUUUUUUCAGUUUAGGGGUACUGUUCUUAGAAGCUUCCGGUUCUCCGCAUGUCCCCCUGCCCCUUUCUUCUGUUCUUGUCAUAAACAAUUUAGUUGUUUGUAUUUAUUUAUGAGUACAGCGUAUGCAUUUUGAAACUUCUUGUAAUGUUCAGUUUGCAACUGUUUGCAGUUUGCAAAAGUACUGAGUAUGGUCAGUACUUCCGCUGAGCUUAAUAAUAGCAUAGAUAAUUUUAGCACCUCAUUCUGGGAGGAGGAAACCUGCAUUUCCUUACGCAGAAUAUACUAUUACAUGUGUACACUUACUGCCACUUGCAAGAUGCGGAAGCAUUGCGACUGAGGAACAACAAGCCCAAAGUUGUACAUAGUAGUGCUGUUUCGUUUUAUUGAAAGGCUGACGUUCUCCCGCACAUGGCGCAGGAGUUUGCAUGUGUACAGGGGAGGUCAGUGUGAAGAGGAACAUCCAAUGUGCAUUUGAGACCAUCUAUUGUCGCAGCUUUUCGCAGGAGAAAAAGAAGGUUUGUUGAGACAUCCUUUGUAAAACAGCAACUACUUUGACAAGCGUAUCGGCAAACAGUGUUCAAAUUUGCAGGUCUUGCUGAUUUUCUUGCUUGAGUACUGAUUAGGUGUUCCCUUUCACAUUGGACUACACUGUACUUGUGAGCUGUGACCAGUGUACCACUACAUCUACACGAGUGAUGUUGCAGGCACUUUGCCAAGCGAAUGUGCAAUAUACCAUUAAAGAGAAGGGCUAUGUUGCAUGUAGUGCUGUGUGUAAGAAUGCACACCUGCUGAUGAAGCGCCUUUUAGCACCGUGCCGUAAUGAUACUGAGGCGAGCAAGUACUUCUGGCUUUCGAUGAAUAACGUGUUCAUUUAUAUACACAUGUAAACCAUCUUUGUUCUGAAUGAAGUUUUCUCGUAGUAAAGAUUGAUUUUAGUGGAA